CCUCUCCUUUCGUGUGCAUCCCGUCAUUCCAUCCAUCCAUCCGUUUCAUCCCCCUCCAAGACAGCCCGCCAUCCCUUGAGCAGCGUGCCGCCUGUCAUCCCGUCCAUCCUCUCUCUCUCUCACCAUGCAGCAUCUCUCCGCCUGUGUCCUUCUCCUACUCACAACGUCAUCAGCCGCCUCCCUCCUGGCCCAUGACUUCGACAGAACGCAUGACAUUCUCUCGUCGGCCUUCACUGAGAUGAGCAAUCAUCUGGAGCAGUCGGGGCUCAGUGUCGACCCCGCAUUCCUCCACGAGUCGGCCCACAAUGCCGCCAAGGACGUCCUGCACGUGCUGGAGACCCACAGACAGACACCAGCAGCAGGAGCACCGGACAGAAAUGGGACGGCCGUCUCCAUGCUGGCCAUGCAGCAGCCAGGAAGUUACGACCUCGGUAAGGAACGCAGAGAAAGGAGAGAAAGGAUACGUCCUUGCCUUACUGUCAUUUGCUCUCUACGGUGCAGUGCAUCAGGUGCAGACGCUCGUCGAGAAGCACCUGGUCGGUGAGAGCCCCAACAAGCAGACAGACAGACAGGCAGGCAAAGCAUCAGUCUUCUGUGUGUGUUCGUCAGCUGUUGUGUGCGGAGACGGCUCUCCGCAAGGCCACGGCCCGCUGCGACGCUGCAGUGGCACACAUCCAGAAGAUACUCGCCACAUCUCAGAGGAAAGUCGCCACAGACGCACACGUAAGCAGGGCAGGAUGGGCAUGAUCCCCAGGACAGCGGGCCACAAGACCACUUUGUGUGCGUGCAGGAGAUCUUGACGAUGUCGGCUUUGGCCACGAUGGAGGCCAACCUGCGGAAGGCCAUCCAGCGGUGCCACGACGCCCUGACCAAAAUCCACAGAGACACCGUAGGGGGCAAAACGGUUCGAGAGCCCAUCAUCCCCCGUGUGCGUCUUACUGCUUGCAGCAACAGCACGAGAGAGAGGCCGCCGCCCAGCAGAACGCCAUCAAAGCCGAGAUUGUCAGAUAUUUCAGGAGCGCACCAUAGAUAGAUGGUGCAGAUGUGACUGUGCCAUGCUUUGCUCAGGAGAGUCGUCGCAAUCAGCUGCUCCAGAUCAAGGCGACGCUAAGUGCGGCCUUCCAGGGAGGCACCUUCUCCUCAUCUGUACGCAGCUGGCGCCACACAGCGCCGCUGAGAGCAUGUACGUGUCGCGCCUUUGUGUACUGUGUCGGCCAGGGCAGUCCAGGUGACUCGGGGUGCUGCAGCCAGGACAAGCUGACCGACUGUUUGCUGCCCGCCGUGGACGCCGCACCCAACCCCCUCAUGCAGUGUGUGGCCACACACAUGUGUGUCGGAAGCGGCUCAUCCCUCGUCCAGACCAGCGCCGCAGCUGCCAAUGGUCACGAGACAUACACAUGUCGAUUGCCUUGUCGUGUCUUGGCGACAUGGUGUGUGUGUCGGUUCAGGCAGCAGCACGAUUCAGAUGGCCAACGAGAACCAGGCAGCUUUCCCACAGCUGAGCAACGGUAUGGGCAUUACGACACCAGCGAGCUGAUGGCAACAGCUGCUUGUGGACGUGUGUAUCUCGCUCAGAUGAGGAUUUCGUUUUCGGCCUGCCGGCGAACAACCCGAGCACUGACGGCCAUUACUACCCCUCACUCAUGCAAAUGAAGACAAGUGCGCAGACACAUGUACAUCGAUUCAUGUGACUGUCUGCUGUGCGUCGUUUCUCUCUGCAGAGUCCGUCCUGGCUCACCGGCAGACGGCCACAAGAGAAGACGAGACCAUUUGAAGGCCGUGUGUGUGUGCGAUCAGCUAGUGGACUGCGGUGUGCCUCUGUCUGUGACUCUGUCGUUUGGCAAAUAGGCAGACAGAGACAAACGGAGUAAGUGUUGUGUCUGUGACCUUUGAGUUAAUGCAUUGAAGUAUGAG